GAGGUUGACAGGUUUCCAGGUGAAGGGCAGGAUUGGGAUGCGGUGUUGGUGGGCAUUGGGCGGGAUGCUGAAGCUGGCAGGUGGCUUGUUGCUGGUGGUGCUGCUGGCACUGGCUCUGGGCAGGUACAGCUCAACACCACGCAGGGCGCGUUUCAAGAGGCGCCAUAUGGAGAAUGACAGGGGACCGGUGCCCGGCAGGGAGCUCAGCAACAUCUUCUGGGCUGUGCAGGUGACUGAUAUCCACGUCAGUAAGUUCCUGGAUCCCAUCAGGGUCUCGCAGUUUGAAAGCUUCUGCACAGAAAGCCUCCCUGUCAUCAGCCCAGCACUGGUUUUAGCCACAGGGGAUCUUACGGAUGGAAAGACCAAGGAUAAGAUGGGCUCAGAUCAGUUUGAAGUCGAAUGGCAGAUUUACCAAUCUGUCCUGAAGAAGUCCCGGAUUCUGGAGAAAACCAAAUGGAUUGAUAUACGAGGGAACCACGAUUCAUUUAACAUUGCUGACCUGAACAGCUUUAAGAACUACUACAGGAAAUACUCUGCAUGGCAGAAAGAAGGCUCUUUCCAUUAUGUUCACCGUACCCCGUUUGGGAAUUAUUCAUUUAUCUGUGUAGAUGCCACCCUUACCCCAGGGCCCAAGCGACCAUACAACUUCUUUGGCAUCCUAGAUAAGAAACAAAUGCACAAGCUUUCCACGCUGGCAACGGACAGCCUCUACAGCAAUCACUCAGUAUGGUUUGGUCACUACCCAACCUCCACCAUUGUCUCCUCUUCCCCAGGUGUCCGGGCUGUAAUGAGUUCAGCUGUGGCGUAUUUGUGUGGACACCUGCACACCCUGGGAGGGUUAGCUCCGGCCUUGCAUAGUCAACAUCAGCAUGGGACCCUGGAGCUGGAACUCGGAGACUGGAUGAGUAACAGAAGGUACCGUAUCUUCACCUUCGAUCAUGACAUGUUUAGCUUUAUAGAUCUAAAAUUUGAGGAGUGGCCAGCCAUUCUCAUCACCAACCCUAAAUCUGCACUGUACUCAAAUCCUGCUCAGGAGCCUUUAAGGAGGAUCCAACUUUCUACGCACAUCAGAAUCCUGGUGUUCUCUCCAAAUCCCAUCACCUCCGUGAAGGUGAGCAUCGAUAAAGUCAUGCUGGGUGAGGCUGGCCAUGUAUCAGGACCUCUGUACGUCUUGGAGUGGACUCCUGCAGACUACGUCACUGGCCUUCAUGAGAUCAAAGUUCAGGCCAAGGAUACAGCUGAAAACAGCCAGACAAGAAGCCAUUUGUUCAGUUUAGAAGAAGAUAUAUCUCUUAGCUUCAGUUUGCUUCCAACUCUUAUUCUGCUUACCGACCAUUAUAUCUUGGGGCAAGUGCUGUUUGUACUGGCUGUGCUGAGCCAAAUCACCGUGCUGCUCAUAUUCAGGUAUAAGAAGAAACCAGUCCUUAAAGGGCCUCCCGGAUUUCUUGCACUAACGUCCUUCUCUGUACACGUGAUGGGCAAAACCAACACUUUCUUUUAUGCCAUCUUGCUGCUGAACUUGUACACUGCGGUUGGUCCCUGGUUUAUCGGUGAGAUAAUAGAUGGCCAUAUGGGAGUAUGCUUUGCCUUCGGAGUGAUUGUUGGAGGACAUUUUUUACAAGGGAGCCUGACGUACUUUGUUGGAAUAUCUCAGUUGGCGUUUUUCAACUUCCCCAUGAUGGCGUACGCGUGCUGGUGUCUGCUGCUUCGAUGCCAUGGUCAUGGCUUCUGUUCCCAUCUGCGAUACAGCAGGAAGAUCAUCUACCUGCCAAUCCAUUUGGUUGCAUUUCUCCUGCUGGCCUGGCAGGUCUACUCUUGUGUCUUCCUGUUGCUGACCUAUGGGACCUUAGCAGUAUUCCUCUCACCCAUGAAGCUGUGGCUUGUGGUGGCUACAUUAGUAAUGUACAGGAAAUUAUGGAUGUUCAAUUCCCCUGAACUAAGAGCUUAUAUAACAGAACUCAAGAACUGUCAAAGCUCUUGACUAGAGUUCUAAUUAAUUACACGGGUAUCUUAUUAACUGCUGGAAAAAGAACGUUAGUAUAAAGUCCCAAGUACUUGCAAAA